UAACACGCGGUGAUGUAAACAAGGAAGUGUCUAAAGCAACCGAGCUUUCAUUAGACAAACAGAACUGAAACUUCACAGUUAAUGUAAGAUUUUAUUUCAUUUUCACAAGCAAAGAGGAAGUCUUUCACAUAUUUUAGGUGUACAUACUGGCCGUGUAAGAGUAAUAAAGCGUUUCUUUGUUAAUCUGUCUCACUCAAGUGGAACUGAAUAACAAUGGACGAAAGACACAAGAAGAUUCUCCAGCGAAACAGGAGCAAUCUGGUGAAAGGACUGGAUCCAUCAAACCUUUACGAUAGUCUUCUAGAGAAAGGAGUUUUCACCGAAGACAUGAUCGACGAGAUAAAGAGCUCUGGGACCAGACGUGAUCAAGCCCGACAGUUAGUCCGGGACUUAGAGACCCGUGGGAGCCGGGCCUUUCCUAUAUUUCUGGAGUGUCUUCAGGAAACAGGUCAGCACAGCCUGGCAGAGCUCCUCCAAGAUGGAGCUCCAUCAGUUCACAUCCGGCCUUCAGCCCCUCCUCAGGUAGUUCGUCCUCCUGUCAAGCCUCUUCCUGUUGUGUCUCCAAUGGAUAUUGAUAAGCCAAAAGUAGAAGUUGUUCCUAUUUCUCCUCUUUCUCCAAAACAGAAAACAAAUACCACUCCCACUCCAUCACCAGUAUACACAAGACCAAGACCACGACGGGAUAGUAUUCAGUGUUAUAAAAUGGAUGCCAGCCCAUGUGGACAUUGCCUCAUCAUAAACAAUGUGGAGUUUGACCCUCGCAGUGAGCUUAGCAACCGCACAGGCUCCAACAUAGACUGUGACAAGCUGGAAAGACGGUUCAAAGCACUCAAUUUUAUUGUGGAAGUCAAGGCAAACCUGAAACAAAGACAAAUCAAGCAUCAACUGUCAGCUUUAUCAAAGAAAGACCAUUCCCAGUUCGACUGCUGUGUAGUUAUCAUGCUUUCUCAUGGUACAGAGGUGAGUCACAGCCGCUUCCCUGGUGCUGUGUAUGGAGUUGAUGGACAGCACAUCCCUGUUCAGUACAUAACAAACUAUCUUAAUGGACAGCACUGCCCGUCUUUACAAGGAAAACCCAAACUGUUUUUCAUCCAGGCCUGUGGAGGAGGUGAAAAAGACACAGGUUUUGAGGUGUCCCCUGAUGAGGUCGAGCCAUCCUUUGGUGGAGAGGACGACCAGACGGAUGCUAUUCCCAUGUCAUCCAGCAGCGACUCUUUGAGUAUGUCCGAUGAGCCAGACGCCAGAGCCACGCUGCCCACACCCAGUGACAUUCUAGUGUCCUACUCAACUUUUCCAGGCUAUGUGUCUUGGAGAGACACUCAGUCUGGUUCCUGGUAUGUCGAGACACUGGACCGCAUCCUUGAGGAAAGUGCCAGCAUCAAUGACUUGGUCACAAUGUUGAUGAUGGUUAACCAUGAGGUCUCCCAGAACUCUGCAAAAGGUCUCUACAAGCAAAUGCCUGGUUCCUUUAACUUCCUCCGUAAACUUCUCUACUUUCAAACCCAAGCAUGAAUGCAAAACUCAGGUUGUCAUUCAAGCUGCAGAACGUAAAAUCAAAUGGAGAAAUGCCAGAGUUUGACAUACCUGCCCAGUUCCCUUGCAGCUCUGUCCCAUCAGUCCAACUCAGGAGACUAAAUAUAAAUGUAGAUGGCUUAAAAUCUUUUCAUGCCGUUAUGGAAAAGUGAAGUUACUUUUUCACACAUCCAUAUCAAAAGAGUAGAUCAGUAGAGUCAUAACCAGGUAAUCAGUGAUUGGUAAUUACAGCUGUCAAUCAAGUAUUCAACCCUCCUACCUAACUGAAAACACCUAUAUUCUACAGCUCAAAAUCAUAGGGAGGGAGUAGAUGCCUUAACAAAGCUGCAACAAUUUACAAAGUUUGAUCUUUAUCAAAACAGUUAUGUUUUACUGUGAAAUUUUGUCUGUCAUGUCUAAGUGUGGUUGCUAAGGUGUUAGCUUUUUUAAAUGGAACAUUUUGUAAUUGGAAAUCUAAAUAUUUUCUUCUAGGUUCACUAUUAUAUUAUCAACACAUCCAGCUGAUGGUUUUCAUAAAAGUAAAUGAUAUUUUCAAGAUGUACUUUUUACAGUGACUCAGUCUUCUAGUUGUAAUUGUUUUUAUUAUAGGAAUCUGUUAAAUUGUUGGAUAAGGGGAAAAAAAUGUGUAUGUUAAAAGUAAGUGUGUUUUAUGAGAGACAUAAAAGAAACAAUGAUCUUCAGUGCAUGUUUUUUUUUCAUACCUUCUGAACAGUUUAUUUUUGGUAUGUAAAAGUGUUCUCUUCAGCUGCAUAGACCAGCUGCAGACACUGCAUUACAGUUACUCAAGUGCAAUAAAUAAUGAACCUGAA